AUGGUUUCUUUAACAUUUCUUUUGUGUUUUCUCUUCUUCAUAAGUGGUUGUGCUGCCACAAUAGUCUCUCACGAUGGCCGAGCCAUCACCAUUGAUGGUCAUCGUCGAAUUCUUCUUUCUGGUUCUAUCCACUAUCCUAGAAGCACCCCUGAAAUGUGGCCAGACCUUAUAAAGAAGGGUAAAGAAGGAGGUCUUGAUGCGAUCGAGACUUAUGUUUUCUGGAAUGCACAUGAACCUACUCGUCGUCAAUAUGAUUUCUCUGGAAAUCUAGAUCUUAUUCGAUUCUUAAAAACCAUUCAAGAUCAAGGAUUGUAUGGAGUUCUCCGUAUUGGACCAUAUGUUUGCGCAGAGUGGAACUACGGGGGGUUUCCAGUGUGGCUGCACAACCUUCCCGACAUGGAAUUCAGAACCACUAAUAACGCGUUUAUGAAUGAGAUGCAAAAUUUUACAACUAUGAUAGUAGAAAUGGUCAAGAAAGAGAAGCUAUUUGCAUCACAAGGAGGUCCAAUUAUCCUUGCUCAGAUUGAAAAUGAGUAUGGAAAUGUAAUUGGAUCAUAUGGAGCCGCCGGUAAGGCAUACAUUCAGUGGUGUGCAAACAUGGCCAAUUCUCUUGAUAUUGGUAUUCCAUGGAUCAUGUGUCAACAGGAUGAUGCUCCUCAACCUAUGUUGAACACAUGCAAUGGGUAUUAUUGCGACAAUUUUGAACCAAACAACCCCAACACUCCUAAAAUGUGGACUGAGAAUUGGACCGGAUGGUAUAAAAAUUGGGGAAGCAAAAACCCUCACCGAACAAGCGAAGAUGUUGCUUUUGCCGUUGCAAGAUUCUUCCAAAGAGGAGGAACAUUCCAAAACUACUACAUGUACCAUGGAGGCACCAACUUUGAUAGAACAUCUGGUGGACCGUACAUCACAACUACAUAUGAUUAUGAUGCUCCUCUUGAUGAAUAUGGUCAUCUGAGCCAACCAAAGUACGGACAUUUGAAGCAACUUCAUGAUGUUCUUCAUGCCAUGGAGAAGACUCUGACACAUGGAAACGUUACCACUAUUGAUUUUGGAAACCUAGUCACGGCAACAAUUUAUAAAACGGAAGAAGGUUCAAGCUGCUUCAUUGGAAACGUAAAUGAAACCUCAGAUGCAAGAAUCAAUUUCCAAGGAACAUCUUACGACGUCCCGCCUUGGUCUGUUAGCAUUUUACCAGAUUGCAAAACUGUGACUUACAAUACUGCCAAGAUUAACACUCAGACUUCAGUGAUGGUUAAGAAACCUAAUGAGGCUGAGGAUGAGCCUUCGACUCUGAAAUGGUCAUGGAGACCAGAGAACAUAGAUAAUGUCCUUUUGAAAGGAAAAGGAGAGUCCACAAUGAGCAAAUUGUUUGAUCAGAAAGUAGUAAGCAACGACGAAAGCGAUUAUCUUUGGUACAUGACUACAGUUAAUCUCAAAGAACAAGAUCCGGUUUGGUGCAAAAACAUGUCUCUCCGUAUUAACAGUACUGCUCAUGUGCUUCACGCUUUUGUCAAUGGGCAACAUAUUGGAAAUUAUCGAGUAGAAGAUGGAAAAUUUCACUAUGUUUUCGAGCAAGACGCGAAAUUCAACCCUGGUGCCAAUGUCAUUACCCUCCUUAGCAUAACCGUAGGCCUUCCGAACUAUGGUGCCUUUUUCGAAAAUGUACCUGCUGGAAUCACCGGACCAGUUUUUAUCAUUGGAAGAAACGGUGAUGAAACCAUAGUAAAAGACUUGUCAGCUCAUAAAUGGAGUUAUAAAACCGGUUUAAGCGGGUUUGAGAACCAACUUUUUAGUACAGAAUCACCUUCUACAUGGUCAGGUGAAAGUGUACCAUUCAACCGUACCAUGACUUGGUAUAAGACUGCUUUCAAGGCUCCUUUGGGAAGUGAACCAGUUGUGGUUGAUCUUUUGGGUCUUGGAAAAGGAACGGCUUGGAUCAAUGGAAACAACAUUGGACGUUAUUGGCCAAGUUUUCUUGCAGAUAUUGAUGGUUGUUCUGCCGAAUGCAACUACAUAGGCACUUACUAUGCUGAAAAGUGUCAAACAAAUUGUGGAGAACCUACUCAAAGAUGGUACCAUGUUCCUCGUUCUUUCUUGAACUCAGAAGGAGACAACAUGUUGGUUUUGUUUGAAGAGAUUGGAGGAAACCCAUCACUUGUCAAUUUUCAGACAAUUGGAGUCGGAAGUGUUGCAAAUGUCUAUGAGAAGAACGUUCUUGAGCUUUCGUGCGAUGGAAAACCCAUUUCCGCCAUCAAAUUCGCUUCGUUUGGUAACCCAGGAGGCAACUGUGGAUACUUUGAAAAAGGAACUUGUGAAGCAAGCAACGACGCUGCUGCUAUUCUCACUAAGGAAUGUGUUGGAAAGGAAAAAUGUUCCAUUGAUGUCUCCGAAGAGAAGUUUGGAGCACCAAAGUGUGGUGGUGCUGUUAAGAGGCUUGCCGUCGAAGCUGUUUGCUAGUUUGUUUUUUUAGAGAUUUUAGGUAUUACUAUGGGUUUUUUCCGAAGGACGUAGGUGCUUUUGAUCCUAGGAAUUAUUUCUCCAUUAUUAGUUAUAUGGAGAUGUUAUUAAA